AUGAUGCUUUUCUGUCAAGCGAUAUCGAAGUCUGACUUGCAGAAUGCAGUAGUCAAUGGAAAGUUUCAUCUGGGAUCCUUUUACAAUCAGCGACUGAGGAUUGAAAAAGUUGAUUAUGCUAAACCAGUUUGGUGUAAGCUUUCGGUGCCUAAGCAUAGAUUUAUUCUUUGGCAGGCUAUUAACCAUCACUUGCUAACUCGGGAUUUACUGGUAGUUCAUCACAUACCAGUAGCUAAUACUCACUGUCCGGUUUGUGAGCUUGCUGAGGAGUCCCAUGGCCAUCUUUUCUUUGACUGCGCCUUCUCUAGAAAGGUUUUACAGCUGAUUUCAGGUUGGCUUGGUGGGAUAUGCUGGCCUGUGAAUUAUGAGAACUGGACUGCUUGGCUGUCUAAAUGGAAGUCUGACUGGAUUCAUCACAUAGUGGCUGCUUCACUUGCUGCCUGUACCUAUUAUAUCUGGUAUAAUAGGAAUUCUUACUGUUUUAAGGAUAGCUGUUUCACUGCCUUUAAAAUUGACAAUCUGAUAAGGCAAGCUCUCAAAGCUAGGAUCCUUAAUGUAAAUUCUAGACACUUAACUACUAGAGAAAGGCACAUGUUUGAAUUUGUAAAGUCCUUGUAA